AUGAUUGGUGCUUUGCUCAUGGUGCCUUGUUUGAUCUUCAUUCAAUUCUUUGCUCCUAGCCUUGGAGUCUUGGAGACUGGACAGAUUCUCCUCGGUAUUGCUCUUGGCAUCUUCCAGACCAUCACAUGCGUUUAUGCCAUAGAGGUGAUGCCGACAUGUCUGCGAGCAUACCUUACGAGUUAUGUCAACUUGUGCUGGGUGUUUGGUCAGCUCAUCGCUACCGGUGUGCUUCGGGGCGUCUUGGACAUGCAGGCACCGUGGACAUAUCGUGUCCCCUUCGCGGUUCAGUGA